UUUUCUUUUCUUUCUGAGAUUUUACUUGAAGACCACAUUGCCAGCAAGUUUCGGAGCCAUUUGCAAGGUCGAGCCUCAACAGGAUCAGCUAAGCCUGCCCCUCAUCAUGAUCCUGACGCUGAUGCUGGGCCUCGGGGGGUACCUGGUCUGGGGACUUCCGGGGGCCUGGGCACAGGACCCUCGUACCAGGUUCUUUGAUCCCAAAAGGCCCAGGGUGCCUGCAGGCUGGAAAACAGAGGCUGCAGAUACUAGCAGAGAGCUCAUCGGACGGAACUGGUGCCCUUACCAGAAGUCUAGACUGGUCACCUUUGUAGCUGCUUGUAAAACAGAGAAAUUCCUGGUCCAUUCACAGCAGCCGUGUCCACAGGGAGCUCCUGACUGCCAGAGAGUCAAAGUCAUGUACCGAGUGGCCCAGAAGCCAGUGUACCAGGUUCAACAGAAGGUGCUGAUGUCUGUCGCCUGGGGAUGCUGCCCAGGCUUCCAGGGCCCAGACUGCCAGGACUAUGAUCCCACAGCAAACCCCGAACCCAUGUCAACACCCACGGAGCCGAGUGGGGAACUCCCGGAGACUUGGGACCAGCCACAUGGUUUUGAACUUGGCCACCCUGUCACAGAGUUCAGCGAGAUUACGGUGUCACAAGAACCACAGGAUCACCUGUUUCAAGAUCUCCAGAAUGAUGCCCAGCCGGUAGAAGAUGGCCUCCCAGGCCCUUGGGAGGCCCGGGACAGCAACCUCACAGUUGAGACCAUAGUAGCCAAUCAAACAGAAUUCGAGUUCGCUGGCCGGAUGUCAGAGCCCCUGCUGCAGGCCCACAUCGAUGCGUUCCUGCAAGCGCACAUUAGUCCCACCCUGCAGAGCUUCAGUGAGAGCUUGCACAGUCUCUCCCAGGCUGUCAGAAACUUGUCUCUUGAUGUGGGAGCCAAUCACCAGGCUGUCAAGAUGGUCCAGGAGGGUACCGUGACCAGGGCUGAACUCCAAGAGCUGGGAGCCAAGUUUGAUGCCAAGAUGCAGGAGAAUAACCAGAGACUGGGCCAGCUGUGGCGGGAUGUGGAGGACCAGCUGCAUGCCCAGCGCCGUUCUGUGCACCACGCCCUCUCUGAGGUCCACGCUGAGGUGAGCACCAAGUUCAAGGAGCUUGUCAAGGCUCAGGAACUUCCAGGGGCCAAUGGCAGCCUGGCGGUGGCAGCAGCAGCAGCAGCAGCAGCAAGGCCAGAACCAGAGAGCCUGCAGGCCAGGCUGGGCCAGCUGCAGAGAAACAUCUCGGCUCUGCACGCCGUCAUCGAGCAGAGGGAGGAGGAGUUGCAGAGCACCCUCAAGAACAUGGACAGUGUCCUGAACAGGCAUGUGGAUGAAAUCAAGGAGCUGUACUCUGAAUCAGAUGAGACCUUCGAUCAGAUCAGCAAGGUAGAACGGCAGGUGGAGGAGCUGCUGGUGAACCACACCGGGCUCCGCGAGCUGCGGGUGAUCUUGAUGGAAAAGUCCCUGAUCAUGGAGGAGAACAAGGAGGAGAUGGAGCGGCAGCUACUGGAACUCAACCUCACUUUGCAGCAUCUACAGGUGGGUCACGCAGACCUCAUCAAGUACGUCAAGGACUGCAACUGCCAGAGGCGCCACUCUGGCGCCGCCGACGUUAUCCGGGAGGGUCAAAGGGACACCGCGCACACCCCGGAAGAGACCCAAGUGAGCCUAGAUGAGCAGCACCAGCCGGACAGUUCUUCUCUGCAGGCGUUGCAAAGAACUGUGGAUGCCAUGUCCUCAACGAUGGAUGAGCACAAAGGAGAGGGUGAGCGGGCGCGGGCCGAAAGGGCCCGGAUGCGGAGCCAGCUGCGGGCGCUGGACCAGGCGGUGGCAGCUCUGAAGGCUGUGGCGAACCAGACCGGCAGAGAGAUACGCCAGCUGCAUAGCUCCUUUGCAGCUCUUUUGGAGGAUGCGCUGCGGCAUCAGGCGGUGCUGAAUGCCCUCUUUGGGGAAGAGAUGAUGGAGGAGAUGUUUGAGGAGGUGGCUCGCCCUCUGCCCCUGAAUUAUGACCAGAUCCGCCUCGCCCUGCAGGAUGCUGCCAGCGGACUGCAGGAACAGGCUUUUGGCUGGGAUACCUUGGCCACUCGGGUGGAGGUCUUGGAGCAGGCCUUGGAGCAGCGCCCACAGUUGGCAGAGCGACUGCAACCCAGCCACGACCCUGGGAGGGCAGAGGAAGCCACGGCUUUGGCGAAGCUGGAGCAGGAGGUGCAGCGCCUAAACUCUGACGUCAAGCAGGUUGGGCAGUGCUGUGAGGCCUCCUGGGCUUCCUCUUUCAAUGGCUCCCUUGAAGAUCUAAGCAGCAUGCUCUCUGACACCCGGCACAGCCUGAGGCGGCACCAGCAGCUCUUCCACGGCCUUUUCGGGAACUUCCAAGAGCUGGUGGCAAGCAACAUCAGCCUAGACCUGGGUAAGCUGCAGGCCGUGUUGAGUAAGAAAGAAAAGAAGCAGCAGAAGGGCCUGGAAACUUCUCGAAAGAGGGAGAAGAAGCAAGUGGUGACGUCUGCAGAUGCACAGGCCCGAGGGACGCAGAAAGGUGUUCUGGACUCGGAGCUCUGGGAAGCAGGCUCCCCUGUGGCUUUCUAUGCCAGUUCUUCAGAAGCGGCGAGCGCUCUGCAGAUGGUGAAGUUCAAUACCACAGCCAUCAACGUGGGCAGCGGCUACUUCCCCGAACACGGCUACUUCCGAGCCCCCAAACGUGGCGUGUACUUGUUUACAGUGAGCAUUACAUUUGGCCCUGGCCCAGGCGUGGGGCAGCUGGUGUUUGAAGGCCAUCACCGGGUUCCGGUCCACAGCGCAGAACAGAGGGGUGGGAGCACAGCCGCUACUUUUGCUAUGGCAGAGCUGCAAAAGGGAGAAAGAGUGUGGUUCGAGUUAAUCCAAGGAUCCGUAACAAAGGGGAGCCAACCACACACUGCAUUUGGGGGCUUCCUGAUAUUCAAGACCUGAACCCUGGGCUCAGCUUGCAUCAGACAUGCUAGACUUGCGUGCUGUGUGUAGACGGAGGCUCUGGCCAGCGAUGGCUGGAGAACUUGUAGUGGCCUAGCUCUUUCCUGGACGCCUUCUGCAGAGAUCCUUCUUUUGAACACAGAGGAGGGGGAGGCCAGGAAUGCUGCUCCCCGGACUGCGCCUGCGCGGUGCCUAGAGUGGCGCUGAGCUUCCCAUGCCUUCCCCAAUGGCACGGCUUGUCUUGGUUCUAAGCCACUCCCUCAAUUCCACAGGUUACUUGUUUGUUUUGGCAUUUUGCUCCUUCUGUGGUUGGAAACUUCUGUACAUUUACAUUUUUUCUAUGUCUUCUUCUCUAUGUCAGGAAGUCGUUUCCUAGGAGGAAUGUUUACAGUGACGGUGUAGCUCAUUGAGCGGUUGGCAUGUACAAGGCCCUGGAUUCUCUUCCCAAUACCUCAAAAAACUUGAAAAGAAAAAUGGA